UUGAACACUGCUAUUCAAGGCCUCAGGUCAAUUUUUAACAACAAAGUUAAACCCUGAGAUGUGCUGUUAUUUGUUGCUCUCUAGUGAAGAAUGCCUAGCCAACUGAGCCACAGGGUUGUCAGGACUCCUAAUAUUGAUCAGCUAGCAAAGGAAGGAGUAAAACUCACUCAACAUAUUGCUGCAGCUUCAGUGUGUACCCCAAGCAGAGCAGCUUUUCUGACUGGCAGAUACCCCAUCAGAUCAGGCAUGGUGUCUCAAAUCAAAAAACGUGUUUUCAUUCGGACUGGUGCCUCAGGAGGUUUGCCUGAAAAUGAAACAACAUUUGCUAAAUUGCUUGAGCAGAAAGGUUAUGCCACUGGUAUUAUAGGAAAAUGGCACCAAGGUGUGAACUGUGAAUCCCGUAAUGAUCACUGCCACCAUCCUUUAAAACAUGGCUUUGAUUAUUUCUAUGGUAUACCAUUGACUCUACUAAAUGAAUGCCAAGCUAACAAGGAUCCAGAGGUGGAUGUACAGCUGCUAGCUACCUACUGGUUUUGCACACAGAUGGUUGCCCUCUUAGUGUUUACUCUUCUUCUGAUAAAGCUGACUACUUUGUUUCCUGUGAAAUGGAAAACAAUUGCUUUCAUAACUUUUUGUGGCAUAUUAUUUUUUAUUUCCUGGUUUGCCGAUUAUGGAUUUGUAAGAUACUGGAACUGUAUGUUAAUGAGAGACCACACCAUUAUUGAACAACCAAUAAACCUAGAAAAUGCUGCCUCCAGGAUAGUGAAAGAAUCUGUCGCAUUUAUUGAAGGAAACAAAAAAAGACCAUUCCUGCUCUUUGUUUCCUUCUUCCAUGUCCACACACCUUGCUUCACCACAAAGAUAUUUCAUGGGAAAAGCCAGCAUGGUUUAUAUGGAGACAAUGUAGAAGAGAUGGACUGGAUGGUAGGAAGAAUUCUCGCUGCUGUUGACAGAGUGGGGUUAAGGAACAACACUUUUACUUAUUUUACUUCUGAUCAUGGAGGAUAUUUGGAAUUUAGAGAAGGGAAUAUCCAGGUUGGUGGUUGGAAUGGUAGACUUAAAGGUGGAAAGGGCAUGGGAGGUUGGGAAGGAGGAAUCCGUGUGCCUGGAAUAGUUAGAUGGCCAGGAAAGGUUGCUCCUAAUACUGUUCUUGAUGAACCCACAAGCCUGAUGGAUAUUUACCCCACUGUGGCUCAUUUGGCGGGGGCAUCAUUGCCACAAGACAGGAUAAUUGAUGGGAAGAACCUAGUACCUUUACUGCAGGAGGAAGUUCAACACUCGGAGCACGAAUUCAUGUUUCACUACUGUGGGUCACAUUUACAUGCAGUGCGUUGGUACCAGAAAGAGAGUGGUGCGCUUUGGAAAGUCCAUUAUGUAACCCCAAACUUUGAACCCCAGGGGGCCGGAGCCUGUUAUGGAAUUAAAAUGUGCCAAUGUUUUGGUGAUGAAGUAACCCAUCAUAACCCUCCUUUGCUUUUUGAUCUUUCACGUGAUCUUUCAGAGACCAACCCCUUGUCCCCAGCUUCUGAACCACUGUUUAACAUGAUCAUAAGUCAAAUUGCAACAGUAGUGGCCAAACAUCGUAAUACUCUCACACCUGUCCCCCAACAACUUGACAUGUACAAUAUUGUUUGGAAGCCUUGGUUGCAGCCAUGUUGUGGGACAUUCCCUUUUUGUUGGUGUAAUGAUGAAAGCAAUAAUGAUACCAUCAUUAAAUAG